AUGUUCAGGCGGCGGGGAUUCAACAUAUCCAGUCUCGCUGUGGGCAACAGCGAGAUACCCAAUCUGUCGCGCAUGACCUUCGUGGUGGAAGGCGACAGCCGCACGGUAGAGCAGGUAACGAAGCACCUGCACAAGCUGAUAGAUGUCAUCAGGGUCUCCGACAUCUCUGAUGACAAUGCCGUUGCGCGCGAGCUUGCCCUCAUGCGAAUUCACACGACCUCGCAGACUAGAAGCGAUGUGAUGCAGAUUGUCGACCUGUUCCGCGCUAAUGUCAUAGAUGUCGCCAACGACAGCCUAAUAGUUGAGGUCGUGGGCGAUGAGGAGAAGGUGGAUGCUCUGCAGAAUCUGCUCGCCCCGUAUGGCGUGAUGGAGGUGAUGCGCACCGGCAUCGUCGCGAUGACACGAGGCAUGAACGCCAACGGUGGCGGCAGCGGGAGAAACGGUGGCAGUUCCAGAAGACCUACAUUCAACGAAUCCGGAAGUGUGUAG